CCGGGCUGGGGUGUUUGUUUGGACUGGAGCAGGGAGGCGACGGACGAAGCGCGCGUCGAGCGGGGGAGCGGCGCUGCCUGUGGAGAUCCGCAGAGGCCGACCGGACUCGUUGGCUACCGUCCCCGCUGCCGUGCACUGGAAUAUUCUCCAGGUCCAUUCGUGCUGUCGGAAAAGGUUAAAAACGACAACUAACUCCAACCAUGAAAGAUCCAAGUCGCAGCAGUACUAGCCCAAGCAUCAUCAAUGAAGAUGUGAUUAUUAAUGGUCAUUCUCAUGAAGAUGACAAUCCAUUUGCAGAGUACAUGUGGAUGGAAAAUGAAGAGGAAUUUAACAGACAAAUAGAAGAGGAGUUAUGGGAAGAGGAGUUUAUUGAACGCUGUUUCCAAGAAAUGCUGGAAGAGGAAGAAGAACAUGAAUGGUUUAUUCCAGCUCGAGAUCUUCCACAAACUAUGGACCAAAUCCAAGACCAAUUUAAUGACCUUGUUAUCAGUGAUGGCUCUUCUCUGGAAGAUCUUGUGGUCAAGAGCAAUCUGAACCCAAAUGCAAAGGAGUUUGUUCCUGGGGUGAAGUACUGAAAUAUUUGAGUAGACGGGGCCCUCUUUUGGUGGAUGUAGCACAAUUUCCACACUGUGAAGGCAGUAUUAGAAGACUUAAUUGUAAAAGCUCUCUUGUCACUGUGUUACACUUAUGCAUUGCCAAAGUUUUGUUAGUCUUGCAUGCUUAAUAAAAGUGCUGAGACUGUUAUUAAGUAAAAAGCUGUCAAACAUUUACUGAAAAAACAGAAUUGGCCCCAUGCUUGAUGUGAAGACAGCAAGGAAAGAAGCACCAGUCAAGUUGUGACAAAGCACCAGAUUAAUGACCUUUAACUUAGUGAAUUGUCUUUUUUUGAGACUAAACUGGUCCCUUAGGAUUAACUAACACUUAUUACUGUCUAAGCUUUUUUUAAGUGAGUAAAUUUAAAUUAAGUUCUAGUUGCUAGGCAAAUUUCUCAGUUCAGACUUAAAUUUGUAUUUGUCCCAAUCAAAAAGAAUCUUCUGAGGAAUGUUGUUAAUUUGAAAUAAUUCAUUGUAGACACAUCCGUCUUCAGUUCCUGAGGUAGUGAUCAGAUUAGAACUAGUAUUGGCUUUUGUGCUAUGUUAUCAUGUCAAAAUAUAUCUAAGGAAGUAUGUAAUUUGAGAGCUGCAUCUCCUGCAAUUCUCAUUGUAGCUACCCCUUUGUAAAGUCUAACAUUUGACCAACCCUUAAUCCAAUUGAACACAGAAAUUAUAACAUAUGAUUUGAGUGGUGCUUUUCCUUGCUUUGUUAACCAUCACUACAAUAGUCUGCAGCACAACUUUUCUUUUAACUAAGCUAGAACAGUUUUGGCUUCUUAAACUUCAUAUUUGGGUAGGUUAAGCUGCCAUACGUGUUCAGUGUGAAUAGUGUUUAAGUUGAAAAUAUUGUAAAAAAAUUAUAUUUUUUCAAAAAUAUUUAAAAAAAUAAAUAAUAGUAGAACUAA